GGAGCUUUUCCACUCGUAAUUUUCCGAGCCCGUGACCCUAUCUUCACGUAGCCGUAUCCAGCCUUAUCCAAAACACCGAGCUGGCUGGCUCUCUAAUAUCGCCAUGGCCUCUCCAUCCUUCCGUCCCGCCAGCUAAAGCCCCAGCUUCAGCCCAGCUCUCUGGAGUUCCUGUCAUGGCGGACACCCCAGGGAAGGAGCUCAAAACUCUAGAGAGAAGGAUAGCAAAACUUAACAGCCACCUCAGCCCUUCCCCUUCUUGGCCUCCUCCGAUAACUCCCUCUAUAGCGUCAGCGGAUGAUAGCUACCAUCACAUCCAUGGAGAAGUCCCGAUGAAGGAGGCCUCCUGGAGAGUAGUGUGUGAUGGAACAGGGAAGGAAUUUACGGACAUUAUCUACGAGAAAUCUGUCGGUGAGGGGAUCGCUAAGAUCACAAUUAAUCGUCCAGAGAGAAGGAAUGCUUUUAGGCCACAUACUAUCAAAGAGCUUAUUCGUGCAUUUGAUGAUGCUAGGGAUGAUAGCACUGUGGGAGUCAUCAUUUUAACAGGGAAGGGAACCAAGGCCUUUUGUAGUGGUGGUGACCAGGCUCUGAGAAGCUCUGAUGGAUAUGCUGAUUUUGAAAGUUUUGGUCGUCUUAAUGUUUUGGAUCUCCAGGUCCAAAUUCGCCGUCUCCCAAAACCAGUUAUUGCUAUGGUAGCGGGUUAUGCUGUUGGUGGUGGACAUGUAUUACACAUGGUUUGUGAUCUAACUGUUGCAGCUGAUAAUGCAGUCUUUGGACAGACCGGUGCAAAGGUGGGAAGUUUUGAUGCAGGCUAUGGGUCUUCCAUCAUGUCCCGCUUGGUUGGUCCCAAGAAAGCACGUGAGAUGUGGUUCCUUUCACGAUUCUACAAUGCUUACGAAGCAGAGAAAAUGGGACUUGUGAAUGUUGUAGUUCCGCUUGAGAAAUUAGAAAUGGAAACCCUGAAGUGGUGCCGGGAGAUCUUAAGGAACAGCCCAACAGCAAUUCGGGUGCUGAAAUCUGCUCUUAAUGCGGUAGAUGAUGGCCAUGCUGGUCUCCAGGAGCUGGGUGGCAAUGCAACACUCAUUUUUUAUGGCACCAAAGAGGCAAAUGAAGGAAAGACAGCUUACAUGGAGCGGCGGCGCCCGGACUUCUCAAAGUUUCCUAGGAGACCUUGAUGCAACUCUAUAUCAUGCAAUUUUUUUUUGAUGUAUUAAUAUUGUCUUUCAUUGUCAAUAAUAGUAUGCCGCUGGGCUUCAAUCAAUAAUAAUAAUAAUAAUAUGCUGCUGAAAAUUGUAAUUGAUGUUGAGUUCACUAUAAUUUGAUCAUUUUGAGUGAGUAAAAUCCGAUCCACUGGAAAAUAUAUAACCA